CGAAGAUACUAGCUACCUGAUCAUUACUUUCUUCUGGCUUUGAACCGAUUUCAACAUGUGCCUGUCUCAAGCAAAGGCGGAUACUUUUACACUGCAGUCCAUCCUCUAUGUAUGAGAAUCGGUGCAUUCCGCGGCCCGACUCUAGCUCAAAAGUGGGGCCGGCCAUUCUUUCUCCACAUCCAUCUCCAUCUCCAUCUUUAAGAUCUCCAACAGCAUUGCGAUUUCAAAUUUUAAAGUCACCAUAGGAUGUUUAUGCGCCCAUGGAGGAACAGCACGAUGGUUUUGCGACACCAGCCCCAACUUCCGAACGUCCGGCCAAAAGGCGUCGAACGGGAGAUACUUCCACCGUGGACCGCUUGCCACGUGAAGUUGGUAUAAUGCGCAGCUUACCUAGCGACCAAUUCUCCAGCUUCGUCGGCAGCGCAAGUGGUGUUUAUUUUAUUCGUUCAGUCUACGAUGCGGUGCGCCGGUCGAAUCCGGGCAUUGAUGGUCCGGUCGUGACACAAACACCAGAAAGUGAUGUAGUUCCAGGCGAGGAUGACUAUUUGCCUACCACAGGGACAGAUAGUUCGUCGCGAUUAUGGAAAGACUCUGAGGUCUCCGAUGAAACAUCCCCGCGAGUGUCAUUCCAGGAACUCGUCGACUGGAGCGCAUCGUAUUUUGCGAAUUGGCACGUUGCGUACCCCUUUCUUCAUGCGCCUACUGUGCUUGGCUUCUUCGACCAAUUCGCUUGCGAUAUCAAUCCCCAGAAAUAUGCUUCGAAGGACCUCAAUUUAGUCAUUGUCCGUUCUAUCAUGUCCAUGUCUCUAGCCGAUCGUAGGCAAGAUGGGUCACUGGAAGGCGUACGAUAUCCUGCCGAGCUCGUCUUUCCAAGCUAUGAUGCCGCCAUCGACAGUCUUUACAAAGUACUCUCACGCCCGAGUUCUUUGUUGGCCCUACAAGCUGCAAUCAGCGUACAGCUUUUUUUGGUCUCCAUGCUAAGACUGAAAGCUGCAUCACGACUUGGAGGUUUGAUCAUUAGGAUGGCGUUGCAACUUGGUCUCCACCGAUGUCCUAAUCGCUUUCCAUCCUUCUCCAUCGCGGAGAGAGAGUUGCGCCAGCGUAUGUUCUGGUCGCUGUACUGCAUUGAUCGACACAUUUGUCAGGCCAUGGGUCUUCCACUCAGUUUACGCGAUGACGAUAUCGAUGUUUGCUAUCCGAUUCGCGAACGCCAUGCCCAAGAGCAACCGACAUCAGACAGCCGACUUCGUCUCCUGACCAUGAUGGUCCGCCAUUCGGAGAUUCGAAGCCAGAUCAUGGAGUUGCGCAACAAGUCGAUCCAGCAUAUGCAAAAAGAGACAGAUCAGGCAGUAGGCAUUACCGCCAAGCUAGUGAAGUGGUGGAAUGAUGUCGAAGACAUGAUCGACUCGGGGCAUGAACAGGAGCAAUCCAUCAAACCAUACCACGCGACGGUGCUCACCGUCAUUAAACACGAGCUGACCAUCUCGUUGAACAGGCCUAUUUUGGCUGCAUCCACGCAUGGUCCGGCAUAUCAGGCUGCAUUGCAGCACUGCAUCAGUGCCUCGCGAUCCAUCAUAACUGCCCUUCAUGACUGUAUCCAGAAGCCGGAUCACGGAGUUUCCUUGCUAUGGCCAUCGUUCACAUGGGCCGUUUGGAUGAGUACUUUUGUGCUCUUCUACGCCGCGAACAAGGGAGAGGUGUCUCAGUCUAUGGUCUCACGAUUCGCAGACAAAAGCUUAGCUACACUUCAGCACCUAGCCCGUCGAGGAAGCGUAUGGCCUGAAGCGUGUGCGGCUGCAAUCCGAGACUUAAACGCCCAGAUGACAAGAAGAUCCGUCAAAACACCUAUUGCAGACAGAACGCCAACCCACUCAUCCUCAGUUGAUGGACUCUCUCACCAACCACCACAUUCAAGGACAUCCCACCAAGAUCUCGACAACCGAAGAAUCAUAGCAGAUACUGGCACCCCCUCACCCGCAACCGCCAACCCCUCCAACAGACCAGAAGGCCAAGCAGAUUGGCGUACAUCACCACACGUCGCCCCAGCCUUCACCUCUCCCACCGGCGCAUUCGCAUACCCCAGCGCCGCGCCUCAAGCUCCACAAUCCGCCACAUUCCCCAUGACGGAUCCCAAUCGCGUCAGCUUAGCCGCGCCAGGGACACCAGCGAAUGGAUCUACAUCUAACAUCGGAUUCCUCCAUUGGGAGGACUUCAUGCAGAACAACGGCACGUUCGAUUCGUCUGCGUCGAUGCCGACGGACGGGGCGGAUCCGUUCGCGGGGUUUGAUAUUCCGUUCUGGCUGGGUCAGGACCAGUAUGCUGGGAUGCUUAAUGAAUGGGGGUAGAUGCUGCCUGCCACUUGGGGCAUUAAUGGGGCCUUUUUGAAGUGGUAUGUAUGAAUAAAAAGGGGAUCUAAACCUUGAAUGUUCUGCAUUCAAGCUGGCCUUCACUGCUAUGCUAUUCUUCAAAAAAGCAUCACAAGAUGCUGUCACACAGGCAAGGAAGCGUCGAUGGUUUCCAAAGGAGAGUAAUUGCGCAGAACU